CGUGAUGCUGAGGUUUCUGAGGGUGCCUGUGUGGUCCCAGCUCCCUGCGAGGGGGGUGCGUACGUGACCUGGGGUUUGCUGCUGGCUCUAUAAAUGCCCCAGGACUGAGGCUCGAGCACUGUCACUUUCCCAGGAUGGUGACGAUGCUGAUCCUGAUCCUGCUGCCGGCGGCCUUUCUCCUGCCCCCCGGGGCUGGGGCUGGUGAGAUCAUCGGGGGCUGGGAAGCCAAGCCCCACUCCAGACCCUACAUGGCCUAUCUGUCAAUACGACGCGGACACAAGACUAUUUUCUGUGGAGGGUUCCUGGUGUCAAAGAACUUCGUGCUGACGGCCGCUCACUGCAAGGGAGACAAGAUCAAUGUCACCCUGGGAGCCCAUGACAUUACCAAACGGGAAGGGAGCCGACGAGUGAUCCCUGUGAGACGCCAGUACCCCCACCAGGAUUAUAACGAGAAGUCCCUUAACAAUGACAUCAUGCUGCUGCAGCUGGAGCACAAGGCAAAGCUCAAUGAACAGGUCGGGCUCAUCCCGCUCCCCCCGGCUCAUCAGGGAGUGCAACCAGGGACCGUGUGCAGUGUCGCCGGCUGGGGCCGGACGAGCGCACACAACAAGGAGCUCCCCCAUAAACUCCGGGAGGUGGAUUUGAAGGUGCUGGAUGAUCAGACGUGUCUGAAGUAUCCUGGUGGGACAUAUUCUAAAUAUAACACCUACACGAUGAUGUGUGUGGGGGACCCAAAGGAGAGCAAAGCCUCUUUUAAGGGUGACUCUGGGGGCCCCCUGGUGUGUGGGAAAACAGCCCAGGGCAUUGUCUCUUGGGGGCCUGUCAGUGGGAGCCCCCCAAGGGUCUACACAAGAGUCUCCACCUUCAUCCCCUGGAUACAGGCCACGAUGAGGAGGCUGCAGCCCUGAGCCCUGCUGGGAAUCGCUACGUGGGCUGGAUCUGCGACGCUUCUACCCUUUGCAUUGGCCCAGAUGCAGGCCUGCUUUGCAGAGGGGCUGAGUCCCCCCAGGCUGAUCUCCCCCACCCCAGACACCGCUCCUCUCAGGCAGUGCCCCUCCCAUGAGCAUCAAGGCAGGGAGCCUCGGGGAGUUAUGAGCCAUGUUCAAUUCGAACUCCCACAGCUCCCUUGGCAAUCCCAACCCAGGGUCUUAGGCUGCGUCUUUCCUAGGGAACCAGCUGGUUUAUUUACCCAGGGGUAACGGACAUGAUCCAAACCCUGGGACAGACCUGGCAGUUUGUAGCCCUCCCCCAUGUCAGCCAGUUGAGUGACCGUUUAUGGGAGAUCCUCGUCAUUACCUGACCUGCUAACUCCUGUUAAAACUGCAGCCUGCCCUGUCCUCACUGGGCCUUUUCCACCUGUUUUUUCCCCCGGGGUAACCACCGCCCAUUCCAAAGACACCUGUUCCCAGCGCCAACAAGGAGAGCGGGAGUUUGUUCAUGGGAAGGGAAAUUGGGAAAUUAUGCACCAAACUGAUUUCAGCUGAAAUGACAGCUCUGAGCACCUCCCCCUAACCUCCGCUGCCCUGCCCAUCCACGCAGCCUGGUGCAUUUCGCUCGCUGCUUCUUAGCCAGCAAUGAGUAAAAAUGAAGUUGCAAAACAAUGAAUUGGUGCCUUCCUGGGAACUGAAUGAAUGCCCCCCAGCCUCGGACUCCCAGCUAACUUAUACCUAGCAGGUGUACCCAGGGUUUUGGGCCUGGUGGUGAAUUCACCCCCUGGGUUUGAGUAAUUCAUGCCGGAUCUGCUAGAAAGACAAGGAAAAUCAUCAGUGAAAAAGCAAAUCACUGUGUGACUGAUAUUAACUCUGGUAUCCCACCACUGACAUCUAGGCCAACUCCCUGCCAACAGGAGUGCACUUUAGGCCCACUGGAGGAGAAAUCAGUACCAGGGUAUUCUUAGUUUCCCUUGUACGUCAUUCCCCUUCCACUCUGCACCUGUCUGGGGACAGAGGGGUCACAAACAGCAGGCAGGCCAGUCCUCUCUAUCAGGCAUCUCAGCCCAGAUUCAAGGCCUGAUCCCAAAGAGACUCUGUGUGUCCUCCCAGCCCGACUGACUCUAAUCAAGGGCUAUUCAGGCAGGAGGCAAACUCCAUUGCUGUUUGCAACAGCUCCCCUGCAAAGAAAAUGUAUCACAAACCUAGCCCAGUGCAGCAGGGAUCCAUGGACCGGCUCUGAUGCUCUGGGAAGAGACGUCUCAGACUGGGAUACGGCACCAUCUGCCAAUGCCUAUUAGUGUCAUCUCAUUGUUCCCCUGGUUCUUCCCCGUCAGCCUGUCUGUAGCCACUUGUUUUCUCCUGUCCUAUACCUAGACUGUGAGCAAGUGGGGACAGGGGCCAUCACUGUGUUUUGUGUUUGUACAGCACCUGGCACACUGGGGUCCUAGGCCAUAGCUGGGAGUCCACCUAGGUGUUACUGCAAUACACCUAACAAGUCACCUACAGCGGCAAUGGGAUUCUUUGCCAUGACUGGGUCUUCUAGGCGCUACCAUAAUACACCUAAUAAACCAUGUACAGCACCCAGCACAAUGCAGCCCUGGUCAUCUGACAGUCCUGGACCUGCUCAAAGUCUCAGGUUGGACGCCAGAAACCAGAGUCACCCCAGGAUCCCAGCUCAAGCUGCCAUCUGAUCUGCAGGUGUCACAGCACUGAGCAGUGUGGUAAAUGCUGACAAAGCCAGGGCAGGUGCAGGGAGCAAGCUGGGGCACUUAGUGAGCUGGGCCCAGUCACACCCCAGCGGUGAGAAUCCAGCAGAUGCAGCAUUCUCCAUCCCAGCCCCAGGGAAGCGGACUCCUCCCCAGAUCCGGGACUGUGUCCUGGAGAACUGGGGCUCAACAAAGGAUCUAGGGGGGCUUACAGUGAACAAGCAACACCAUGAACUCCCCAUGCACCACUGGGGCAAAACUGGCCAGAGCCUGGGCUGUAAGAACAGGGGCAUAGGAGCAGGGAAGGGAUUUUGCCUCUCUAUGCAGCAUUGGUGAGACUAAUACCGGCCCUGGGAUGGGGGACAGGCUGGCUCAGGGGAGUGGGGAAUGGACUUGGGGCCUUUCCCCUGGGGGGGUGGGGGCUAGCUCUGAUACAGCCUCAUGGCAGGGGACUGGCUGGUUCAGGGGGUACAGAAUGAGCCGUGGGGCCUCCCCUCUAGGGCAUCUCUGUGCUGCUGUCACUGUUCCAAGCACCAAGUUCUGCCCUUCCCCAGCUCGCCUGUUUCCGUGGGCUGUGGGUAACACUGAUCGGUAUCGGUGCUGGGUGAAAAAACACACCCCUGUCCCCUGUGUGUGAGAUGGAGGCCGGUGGCUCUGAUCACCCUGAUCCUAGCGCCCCACCCCAGACAUUGUGUAUUGUAAGGGACUGCGGAAGACUCAGUGACGGCCUAGCUAGGGAGGAACGCUUUCUCGUGCAGACGGUUACUAUCGGUCAGUGGCGGACAUGAGGAUCCGGUCGAAACUGCCCACAACCGGCCUCGACUACCUCGUGUGGCCCCUUGCCAGUAAAGAAGCACAACCCCUUAGUAAUUAUAUAUGAGCUAAUAAUGUUAAGUGUAUAUUAAUGCCUGCUAUCCAGCCCUUCGUUGGACUCCGUCCCAGGCAUUGCUCCGGUGUGCUGGGCUCUCCGCCUCGGUGACAGCAACGCUUGGAGUCCCCGUUGCGGGUGUGUCACUUACCUUCAGUAAAGCCACUAAUUCGCCGCUU